AAGGUCAAAGGCGGGUGGUGUUGGCUUUUAGCGCUCCGAACGGCCCUUCAUCAUGCGGCUGUGGCGCACCUAGACAACGCCCAUCCCGGUAGUGGCUGGAGGCAAACUACCAAACGGCUAAGCAGCUGGAGGUGUCUCCGUCCAGUGGGAGGACACCCAAGCGAGCAUCAGUCGCAACCCCACGCGAGAGCCUGAAAACUGCAGCCAGAUGACGCCGUAGAUCCGGACUGAAAAAAGACUUUCUACCGAGAGACUUCUUAUUUGUAGUACACGUCUCCCAUUCUGCGGCGCACUCAUUGGGAAAACCCGACGUUAUGCCUUGUAAAGGAGACGAAGUAAAAGAUGAUACGAUGGCGAAAGGCGCUAUAUAGCCCGAUCGUAAAGCGUCACGCACCAAAGCGAGGAGACCAGUCCCGUGUUUGAAAGUCUGACGCCAGGCGGCACUGCAAGUCGAGGAAGUGAAGCCGAAGCCAAGGGGUGUUCUGCGUAGGGAAAGCAAAUAGGAACGCCGGUAGAGUCGCGACCGCUAGUAGCUGGGGAGCGAGGAAGAAACAGGGCCGCGCGAGUUCGCUCCUUUCGGCCCGGAGCUGCUGUUCAUCGCGGCGCUUCUCCGUACGGGCUGAGCCGCCAGCACAAGCAGCAAGUCGACAGGAAGCAGCCGCCCGCGCGCGGCAACAUGGCGGAGAGCGCAGGGGAGGAGGCGGCGGCUCACCAGGCUGUGGCCCCCGGCACCGCACCCGCCCCUGCCAUCAGCCUCGGUCUCGGCCUCCAGCUCCUUCCCGGCCCCGAGCUGCUUGUGUCCGCCCCUGGCCUUGGCACCGGGACCCCCGCCGCAGCCAUCCUGGACCAGACUCCUCCCGGCCUGUUGGUCGGGGCGGCCCCUGGCAUGGGGCUGGGGGUAAGCGGGCCCCCGAGUCUGACGGGCAUCGGAGUGGGCGGACUCGCCGGGACGGGAGCGGGGGCCGGACUGUUGCCGCAGCUGCACUCAACCUUUUGGGACCCGACCGUGAGCACCGACUGGGACAACGAGAAGCCGAGUCAGCAGUGCAUCUUACGGAUCAAGAGGGAUAUCAUGUCUAUUUACAAGGAGCCACCCCCAGGCAUGUUUGUAGUUCCAGAUCCCCAUGACAUGACUAAGAUCCACGCACUUAUCACUGGGCCAUUUGACACCCCCUAUGAAGGUGGCUUCUUCCUGUUCCUUUUUCGAUGUCCUCCAGACUACCCAAUACACCCUCCACGAGUAAAGCUCAUGACUACGGGAAAUAACACAGUCCGCUUCAACCCCAACUUCUACCGCAACGGGAAGGUGUGCCUCAGUAUCUUGGGAACAUGGACUGGGCCUGCCUGGAGUCCUGCCCAGAGUAUCUCAUCAGUGUUGAUCUCCAUACAGUCCUUAAUGACAGAGAAUCCAUAUCACAAUGAGCCUGGCUUUGAACAGGAAAGGCAUCCGGGUGAUAGCAGAAAUUACAAUGAGUGUAUUCGUCAUGAAACCAUGCGAGUGGCAGUCUGCGAUAUGCUGGAUGGCAAGUGUCCUUGUCCUGAGGCCUUGUGGAGUGUGAUGGAGAAAUCUUUCUUGGAGUACUAUGAUUUCUAUGAGGGAGCAUGCAAGGAGAGGCUGCACUUACAAGGACAGACUUUACAGGUACUGAGUGUCUGAUUAAUUGGGGAUAUU